AAUCUUUAUUAGCACAAUAUAAAGGCUUAGUUCAUAGAUUAUAUCUGCAGAAUGGAGGUUCGAAGAUCAGAAGAUGCCUUAUAUUUUGAACGUGUUACUUGUGAGCACUGGUCCGAAGUUCAAAGCCCCAUUUUUCAUCUGUUUAUGGCCGCCUUCUUAGUUGCUUUCUUGGUCCCACAGGCAUUCAAGUACUAUGCUCCGGUCAUUCGUGCCUCUUUCAUCGUAGGUAUUUUCCUGUACAUGCUGUGGGGAGCUCUAUAUUGGUGCACCUGGGACAUUCUGAUGUGGGGAGCUGUGUUUUUCAUUCAAAACUUUGCGCAGCUUGUCUAUAUAUUGUACAACAUGAGACGAGUUGGCCUACCGAAAGAUUUGGAAAUAUUAUUUGCCGAGGUAUUCCAGCCAUUUGGAGUCACUCGACAAGAUUUUCAAACUCUGAUGCAACAUCAUUGCAAACUGGUAAAAAUACACUCAGGAGAUAAAUAUGCCGUUGAAGGCUGCACUUCUGUCGAUGAGAGAAUAUCAAUUCUAGUAACUGGUCGAAUGAGAGUCAUGUUUCGCGGCCAAUUUCUUCAUGAUAUUAACGAAAGCGAAAUGAUUGAUUCCGUUGAAUGGGAAGGAUGUAAAAUCAAACGUGGUGAAAUCUUUCAGGUGACUGUUGAAGCUGUCGAUCGUUGCAGUUACUUGUGUUGGAAUAGAGAAAAAUUGCAAUAUUAUCUUGAAGCUAAUUCGGACUUGAUGACUGCUUUCCAAUAUAUACGAGGAAAAGACGUGUUGUCGAAGAUUCGAGAAACUGCACUGAAUUCCUACCGAAUAAAUCUGAAAGACAUUGAUCAAUGCGAAGAAGUCGACAGCAUCUCAGUCACUAAUAUAAGACAAGGAAUUGCUGAUGAAGACCCGAACUACAUUUAUAAUAAACAAGAUUAGAAAGCUUAUAUUUGUGUGAAUUUACUUAUAUUGCAAUGGACUUUUACGAAACCUUUCUUGUACGUGACACAGUUAUUUGACCGGGACACUUUUUUGAUGCUCUUGACAUAGUAUUUAAUCUUUUGUGUUAUUUAUAAAGUAGCAUUCUGUUUCACACUAUUUAUUGUAGCUUCAACUUGUAGAAUUAUGUUUUUAGCUUAAAUAAAAAAAAAUUGGAAAAUGAA